CAUUGUGAACAUCAUGCUUUAGCUGGAGAGAGACAGAAUUCCCCAUGAGAGAAUCAAAAAUAAACCAGAGGGAGGACAAAAGAAAUUUGCACAUACUCUGAUGGAUGGCCAAGCAAUAAAUACCAUUACCCGUUGGUGAUGUCAGAAUACCCACAAUCCCCAAGAAUCCUGGAGAGUCCCUGCUCACAGCUCAGGUUACCGAGGAAGGACAGACAAGAGUCAGACUUCUUGGGCUGUGGACACCAUGGAUCUCAAACAUAAUUGUUCAGUGAAGCUGAAUGAUGGAAACUUGAUGCCAGUGCUUGGAUUUGGCACAUUUGCUCCGGAUGGUAUUCAAAAGAGCAAGGUUAAUGAGGCCACCAAAAUAGCCAUUGAUGUAGGUUUCCGUCACAUAGAUGCUGCAUACUUCUACCAAAAUGAGGAAGAAGUUGGGCAGGCCCUCAGGGACAAGAUGGCUGAUGGAACUGUGAAGAGAGAGGAUUUAUUCUACACCACCAAGAUUUGGGCGACUUUCCUUAGACCAGAGUUGGUUCGUCAGUGCCUGGAGAGAUCACUGAAGAAACUUGGGCUGGAUUAUGUAGAUCUCUGUAUUAUUCAUGCACCAAUUGCUAUGAAGCCUGGAGAGGAACUUCUGCCAAAGGAUGCCAAUGGAAAAUUUAUUUUAGACAUAGUGGACAUUUGUGAUACAUGGGAGGCACUGGAGAAGUGUAAAGACGUAGGUUUAACCAAGUCCAUCGGGGUGUCUAAUUUCAACCACAAACAACUGGAAUUGAUUCUGAACAAACCAGGGCUAAAGUACAAGCCCACUUGCAAUCAGGUAGAAUGUCACCCAUAUAUAAACCAGAGCAAACUCCUGGAGUUCUGCAUGUCCAAAGACAUUGUUCUAGUUGCCUAUAGUGCCCUGGGAUCCCACAAAGCCUCAAACAGGAUAAGCAGUGAUAGCCCAUACCUUCUGGGGGAACCCAUCUUAAAGACCAUUGCCAAGAAACACAACAGAACUCCAGCCCAGGUUGCCCUGCGCUACCAGCUACAGAGGGGUGUGGUAGCUUUGGCCAAGAGCUUCAAUGAGAAGAGAAUCAAAGAGAACUUUGAGGUGUUCGAUUUUGAAUUGACCCAAGAAGACAUGAAAGCAAUUGAUGGCCUCAACAGAAAUUUUCGAUAUCUUAAAUUUUCAUUUGCGGUGGAUCACCCUUAUUAUCCAUUUUUGGAAGAAUACUGAGCAUGAGCUGUUAACCAUUAUAGAGACUCUCCUCCCUCCAGACAAUGUGUAUCUGUAUUUGGUGGAGUGGUUGAGAAGCAGGAUUCCUGCCUCCGUGUGCUUGUCAAAUGUUACAAUAAUCUCAAGUGUUUUCCCUGAUGAUUAUAAAGUAACACACAAGUUACAGAGAAUUUAUAAGAUAAAAAGAAAUAUUUGAUGUAUCUUUCUUGAUUGUUAUGUAAUUUCAUGACUGCAUUGUUAUUUACAAAAUUAGAAUCAAUUUCAACACACGGAUCAUAUACUUUUAAAUGUAUUGUUUACAAAUUAUCAAACUUUAUUGAAGAAUUUUAGAGCACCUUUCUGGUUGUAAAGAAUAGCUCUUACUAACUUACUUGAUUUCUUAGUUAUUGAAGCAGGUUUGGCA